GUAUAGCAUGUCUGUGCUCUAGGAUCCUGUAAUCAGUUCAUAAAUCUCUUCUCUUCUUCGAGCAUCGCGACUUUUCUGACUACAGACAACACCAUGGUGUACUCUCCAGGCCCUGCCUCACCCAUCACCAUGGCCGAUCGCAGCUCCGGCCUUCACGCACGAAACAGAUCCCUCAGCCCAGGACCCUAUCCAGGCGUCAACAACAACGCACCCCAAUCCAAACGAGACAAAAGACGCACCCAACUCCAAGAACGCCUCCACGAUCUCACCGUAACCUUUAACCAGAACCGCGACAGCCAAUUCCGUCAACAACUGCAUGCGUUACAAUGCGAUAUGACGUUAAUCAAUAAUGCGGAUCCGUACCAGGAAGGUCCCUUGCCUGAUUCGGCGGAGCAGAUUGCGCGGUUGAUUGAAAUGACUGUUGGUGGGGGGAAGUUUGGGAAGGAGAUGGCUAGUAUUUCAGGCAGUUGGUAUGCGAGGUUUGUGCAGGAGAUUAAUGAGAUUAAAGAGGAGCGGGAUGCGGAUUUGGUUGCUGUUAUGAACCGACAUGUCGAAGCUGUCAACCGGUAUAAUCAUGACUUUUUAUGGAGGCAACAUUUCGCGCGUGAAGAGUAUAAACUCUUAUCGGGAACGUUGCGAGAGCGAUUAGUGCAAAAAGUCUCUGCGAAUAAAGCACGGCUGAUGCGUGAGAAAGAGCAGAUGGAUAUCUCAGACACGAAUGCGUUGCUACUUAACCCGAAUCAAUUCACAAUUACAAACCCCUCGAGCCCCGGCGGCAUUGGUGGUAACCGCAAGACUCGACAUACCAGACAUCGCAUCGGGAUGGACGAGUUCGGUAACGGGAUUGGUCUAGAAGGAAACAGAAGGAAACGCAAAGCUCCCGACGAUGAUAUUGGAUCUCCUGGUCGUGACGGAUUGUCGACUCCUGCAGAACGAUCCAAGGCCUCUGCCGAGAAACAGCAGACUGAUAAGAUUUACAGCAUCAAUUCUCUGUUUACGGAUAAGGAACUUGCUAUGCACGCCAAUCAGGCACAUAUUGCUACGGCGCAUUUCUUUGCUACGUCGAGAAAUCAGGACGGUACCGGCAGUGCAGUGAACGGUAGUAACAGUGAAGAGGCCGAUGACGCCGAUAGUGCCGCCCCUGGAGAAGACGGAACUCCUGCGGCAGCAGAUAUGGCACGUACAGCAAGUCAGAAUUACCAUGCGACUCGCUCAACGCGCAACCAAGGCAAUACGGGACUUAGUCUGUUGGCUGAACUAUCCGAUAAACCAGCUACACGGCCAAACCUACCGUAUCAUAUCCUCGCCAACCACAGUUCGCGAGCCAACCAAAACGCACCACCUUUGAGUUCGUUGAUGAACGAAGAAAUCGACGACGACAUCUCCCGCAUGGAUCGAUUGCAGGCCAAACCUCAAGGAUGGAUUGAUAGAGGUUUGAUUGAGAACAUCACAGAGCCCAUUCCGGAAGAGAUUGAUGGUGUGCCUACAAAUUCAGAUCGAUUUAGUUUGUUGCAUGCCGACUUUCCGGUUGAUAUGGGGGUUAAGUGGUAUUCGAAGAACGGUGCUGGGUAUGAGAUGUUUCCGCAAGUGAGUGAGCGUUCGACUGCUAAGCGGCGUCAAAUCACAGCGAGGAGAAAUUGCGUGCUUCAAAAAGAGUCCGAGUUCAUCAGCAUGUCGACUACUACUACUACUACAACAACAACCACCCUGACUGCAGAGUCAGACCCCAACUACAUCCCCCGCGGCCCCAUCUCCGCCGAACUGUCCUUCUUCCAACAUCCCGCCGACGGCUCCAUCCCCUACAACUACGUCGAAGAACCACCCUCAGGCCAACCACGCACCAAUUUUGAGCGAAAAUCUCACCUCGUAACCAUCAACGACAUCCGUGGUCAUGAAUCAGACUAUACCUUGGACAAGGAUGCCUUUGAAGUCCACAGCGGUGUGUCAUCCGCAACAACGUACGAAACAUUCAACAAUGACGAAGAGAUAAAGCGGGUGUAUUACCCUGAAGUCGAGAAAUUGCUUCUCGAUAAAGUUGAGGGAGCACAUAAAGUGAUUCUGUUCGAUCAUACGAUCCGCCGUCAAGAUCCCAAUUCGCCGCGUCAACCAGUCAAUGCGGCGCAUUCAGAUCAGACUGAUCGCGCGACAGAAUGGCGGGUGAAACUGCAUGUGGAGGACCCCGCUGAAGCGGAGCAGCUACUUAAAGGACGAUAUCGAAUCAUUAACGUCUGGCGUCCUCUCAACGGCGCGGUACAAGCUGCUCCUUUGGCAAUUGCGUCUGCUGCCUCGGGCAACCCCGACAGAGACCUAGUGCCAAUCGAGCAUCGCUACCCGACUCGAACUGGCGAGACGAUGGGCGUGGUUUAUAAUCCUGAUAUAAAAUGGAAUUAUUGGUCGGGUGUUGAUAACGACGAGAGGAUUUUGUUGAAGUGUUCGGAUAUCAAUCCCCCAGCCGGUAAGGAGAUUGGGAAGAGAUGUCCUCAUACAGCGUUUGUGGAUCCUAGGACUCCCAAAGGUGCGAAGCCGAGGGAGAGUAUCGAAGUGAGGGCGUUGGUUUUUGGUUGAUUUUGUGGUCUGUACUGUAGUUAUGAUGAUUGCACCGCUUGGCAUUUGAGCUGGUUAUGAGUGUAUUUUAGUUAGCAUGUUAAUGGACCUUUUUUCCCUUCUG